AUGGAUGAGGACCUGGACUUGUUCGGCGCGUUCGACGACUCGUCCGCGACGCUGACAGCCGAGGAACAAGCCGCCGCUUCUUCCACUUCUAGCAAGCGCAAAGAAGCUCCCGUUGCCUCUCCGAAUGACGACAAGGCGUUGUCUCCGCCUGCUAAGAAGCAGCAGAAUGACGGUCGUCUAGCCUCCACCACUCUCAAGGUCGUGGAGGGCAAGCGCAUCGACGCAACGCCCAUCGAAGGCAACGACAAACACUCUGCAAACGUUGUGUCCACCGGCACGCAGCAGAAGAACCUCAUCUCGUUCUCAGUGUAUCCGCCAGACUACGACGCUCAACCCACAGCCGGCGCAGCAGCCAAGAACCCUGCCAAGACGUACCCAUUCACUCUAGACCCAUUCCAGCAGCAGGCUGUGGACUAUAUUGAGUCUGGAGAGUCCGUAUUGGUCUCUGCCCACACGUCAGCCGGUAAAACAGCUGUGGCCGAGUACGCAAUUGCCAAAAGUCUUCGAGACAAACAGCGCGUCAUCUACACGUCCCCAAUUAAAGCUCUAAGUAACCAAAAGUACCGCGACUUAGAAGAAGAGUUCGGAGAUGUGGGUCUUAUGACGGGUGAUAUCACAAUUAACCCAUCCGCCACGUGUCUGAUCAUGACGACGGAGAUUCUACGAAGCAUGUUGUAUCGAGGCUCCGAGGUCAUGCGAGAAGUGGCGUGGGUUAUUUACGAUGAGAUCCACUACAUGAGAGACAAGGAACGCGGUGUUGUAUGGGAGGAGAGUAUCAUUCUACUGCCACACAAAGUCCGGUUUGUGUUUCUAUCGGCUACUAUCCCCAACUCCAAGGAGUUCGCUGGCUGGAUCUGUCACAUCCACCACCAACCGUGUCACGUUGUGUACACAGACUACCGUCCUACCCCUUUGCAGCACUACCUCUUCCCCGCUGGAGGUAGUGGCCUCCACUUGGUCGUCGACGAGAAGGGCAAAUUCCGCGAAGAUAACUUCCAAAAGGCCAUUGCGACGUUGUCAGCGUCUACCGAUGACGCAGCUGCAGAAUUGGCGUCCUACGGGAGUAACACGAAGCGACGUAAAGCGCAGAAGAGCAAUCCCAAGAAGAAAGUGGGCACCGACGUGUUCCGUAUCGUCAAACUCAUCAUGGAGCGUCAAUAUGACCCGGUGAUUAUCUUCUCGUUCAGUAAACGGGAGUGUGAGGCGUACGCGUUGCUCAUGUCCAAGCUGGAUUUCAAUACUGAAGAGGAGAAACAGUCGGUGGAUCAGCUCUUUAAGAACGCUAUGGACUCGCUAUCAGACGACGAUCGUGCUCUACCACAAGUAGAUUCCAUUCUACCGCUACUGCGUCGUGGUAUCGGUAUCCAUCACGGUGGUUUACUGCCGAUUCUGAAGGAAGUGAUCGAGAUUCUCUUUGGUGAAGGGCUACUGAAGUGUCUGUUUGCUACCGAGACGUUCUCUAUGGGGUUGAAUAUGCCUGCAAAGACCGUAGUGUUCACAAACUGCCGGAAAUAUGACGGCAAGGACUUCCGUUGGAUCACUGCUGGCGAGUACAUUCAGAUGUCUGGACGUGCCGGUCGUCGCUCGCUUGAUGCGCGUGGUAUCGUCAUCCAAAUGCUGAGUGAGCAGAUGGAACCGCAAGUGGCCAAAGGAAUCCUCUACGGUCAAGCAGAUCCGCUGUUCAGUACGUUCCAUCUUGGCUACAAUAUGCUGCUGAACUUGAUGCGAGUGGAAGAUGCCGACCCGGAAUACAUGAUCAAGCAGUCUUUCCAUCAAUUCCAGAACGAACAGGCCGCCCCUGCUCUUGAAGAAGCGCUGGAACGUGCGAAAGAAGAGAAGGACCAGAUCGUGAUCAAGAACGAAGAAGAAGUGGCGCAGUACUACUACUUGUCGAGGUCUCUGGUGCGGCUCAAAGAGGAAUUUCUGGCCAUCCGCAACAAACCGGACCACGUGACUCGGUUCCUUAAUGGAGGGCGCUUGGUGAAGCUCUACAGUCCUGACAGCGACGACGGCACCAGUAAACCCAAGUGGGAUUGGGGUGUGAUUGUCAACUUCACGACCAAGAACGCCAGUGACUCGACUUGUGCCACUCCAGACACGGUAGUGCACGUGCUGUUGAACUGUCUGAACAACAGCAACGUCACGAGCAAUGACGCCACGAAUGGCAGCACCGUCGCCGAGCUACCGACCCCCGCACCUGAGAACAUGAUGGGACUGUCGACUAGUGCGACUUACGAGAUGAAGAUCUGCCCUGUCCCAUUGGAGAUGCUGGACCUCAUCUCGUCUCUACGUGUGUACAUCCCCAAGGACUUGCGUACUCUUGAGAGUCGUCAAGCAGUGGGCAAGUCGGUCAAGGAAGUGCUACGUCGAUUCCCUCAGGGUGUCCCGCUUCUGGAUCCUCGUGAAGAUUUGGACAUUCAGGACGAACAAUUCUUGCGUGUGAUUGAGAAGACUGUGGACGCAGAGAAGCAACUCAAGAGCUCGCCGUUCCACAAUGCAGCGGACAAGGAAGCGCGCUUUGCAUUGUACAAUUUGAAGAUGGAAAGUGAAGCCAAGAUGCGCGAAUUGGAGCGCAAGAUCAAGGAGUCCAAGUCGCUGGUGCUGCGUGAUGACUUGCGUCGUCGUCGACGAGUGUUGAGGAGACUGGAGUUUGUGGAUAAAGAAGGAGUUAUCCAACGGAAGGGACGUACGGCGUGUGAAGUCUCGACGACGGACGAGCUGCUGGUGACGGAGAUGAUCUUCAAUGGCCAAUUCAACGACCUGUCGGUGAACGAUGCGGUGGCGCUGCUGAGCUGUUUGAUCAACACGGAGAAGAAGAAGGAGAGCGACAAACCUCCUCAAGCUGAGAGUCUGGAGGUCCCCGUUCGACAACUACGUGAGACGGCGCAGCGUAUCGCCAAGGUGAUGCAAGACGCCAAGAUGACGAUCGACGUGGACGAGUAUGCGGGUGCGUUCAACACGAACCUGGUGGAUGUGGUCAUUGCCUGGUGCCAAGGAGCCAAGUUCUCGCAGAUCUGCAAGAUGUCGGACGCGUUUGAAGGCACCAUCAUUCGCUGUCUACGUCGACUAGAAGAGCUGCUGCGUCAGCUGACACUGGCUGCGCACUCGAUUGGCGCGGACAUGUCCUUUGCAGCUUCUCUUUAUCUGUAG